AGGCAACCAUGCACUCCUAGGCAUCCCCUCGCCCGCCCUCGCUCCAGCAGAGAGCCCUCCGGAGCUCGCCCAGACCAGGCUCGUCCAUGGAGCUGGAAAACAUCGUCGCCAACACCGUCCUGCUCAAAGCCCGCGAAGGAGGUGGAGGAAAGCGCAAGGGUAAAAGCAAAAAAUGGAAGGAAAUCCUGAAGUUUCCUCACAUUAGCCAGUGUGAAGAUCUUCGAAAAACAAUAGAGAGAGAUUACUACAGUUUAUGUGAUAAGCAGCCAAUAGGAAGACUUCUCUUUCGGCAAUUCUGUGAGACUCGCCCGGAGCUCGACUGCUGUAUUAGGUUUUUGGACUCAGUGGCAGAAUAUGAAAUUACUCCAGAUGCAAAACUAGGAGAGAAAGGCAAAGAAAUUGUGAUGAAAUACCUCAUCCCAGAGUCUCCAACUUUUGUAGCAGAAGUCAACCAAGAUCUUGUCCUGCAGACAGAAGAAAUACUUGAAAACAGCCCCUGUAAAGAGCUCUUCUCACCUUGCGUGAAAUCUGUUCGUGAGUAUUUAAGUGGAGAACCUUUCCAAGAAUAUUCAGAGAGCAUGUAUUUUGAUAGAUUUCUCCAAUGGAAAUGGCUGGAAAGACAACCAGUAACGAAAAACACAUUUAGACAAUACAGGGUAUUAGGAAAAGGUGGUUUUGGGGAGGUUUGCGCUUGUCAAGUACGGGCAACUGGCAAAAUGUAUGCAUGCAAAAGAUUAGAGAAAAAAAGAAUAAAGAAGAGGAAAGGUGAAUCCAUGGCCCUAAAUGAAAAGCAGAUUCUAGAAAAAGUCAAUAGUCAAUUUGUAGUCAACUUAGCCUAUGCCUAUGAAACAAAGGAUGCACUCUGUUUAGUUCUAACCAUAAUGAAUGGAGGUGACUUGAAGUUCCACAUCUAUAAUAUGGGAAAUCCAGGCUUUGAGGAAGAAAGAGCUUUGUUUUAUGCUGCUGAGAUCCUUUGCGGCUUAGAAGAUUUGCAUAGAGAAAACACUGUAUACAGGGAUUUGAAGCCAGAAAAUAUCCUGUUAGAUGAUUAUGGUCACAUCAGAAUCUCUGAUUUGGGGCUAGCUGUUAAAAUCCCCGAGGGUGAAUCAAUCCGUGGACGGGUAGGAACAGUUGGUUAUAUGGCUCCCGAAGUCCUAAACAACCAACGAUAUACACUUAGCCCUGACUAUUGGGGUUUAGGUUGCCUGAUCUAUGAAAUGAUUGCAGGCCAAUCUCCUUUUCGUGGAAGGAAAGAGAAGGUGAAGCGAGAAGAGGUUGACAGGAGAGUCCUGGAGACGGAAGAGGUGUAUUCCCAUAAAUUCACCGAGGAAGCAAAGUCUAUCUGUAAAAUGCUACUGACCAAAGAUGUGAAACAGAGGCUGGGUUGUCAUGAAGAAGGAGCAGUUGAAGUAAAGAAGCACCCAUUUUUCAAGAAUAUGAAUUUCAAGCGCUUAGAAGCUGGAAUGCUGGACCCACCUUUUGUCCCUGAUCCUAGAGCAGUGUACUGCAAAGAUGUAUUGGACAUAGAACAGUUUUCAACUGUCAAGGGAGUAAACCUGGACCAAACAGAUGAUGAUUUCUAUUCCAAGUUUUCUACAGGCUCUGUAUCAAUUCCCUGGCAAAAUGAGAUGAUAGAAACAGAGUGUUUUAAAGAACUAAAUGUGUUUGGACCAAAUGGUACUAUUUCACCAGACCUUAACAAAAGCUUCCCACCAGAACCACCGAAGAAAGGAUUGUUACAUAGAAUAUUUAAACGUCAGCAUCAGAACAAUUCCAAGAGUUCUCCAAAUGCAAAGGCCAAUUUGAAUCAUCAUAUAAAUGCCAACCAUGUAAGUUCAAACUCUACUGGAAGCAGCUAGUUCUGCCUUGACUUUUGUGACCUGCACUUGGCAUCCCUCCACUAUAACAUACGGAGCUUCAAGGAUGAGAGAACACCUGCCAUCGAGCUAGAAGAUCAAUAAUCUCCUAUUUAGGGAGAGUUUUCCCCUUCUCCAUUCCUUCCAGGGGAGCUUCCCAAUUUACCAAGAAAUUUCCUCUCAGGUCUGUUUUUGGAGGUGGCACUUGAGGUCUCGUGACUCAACGUUGUCUCUGUAGGACAUUGCAAUAGAAAUCAGAGUCUGACAACUUGCACGUAUUUAAAAUAAUAGCAUCAUAACUAGAACUGAAUUUUGUCCUUAUUAUUUUUAAAGAAAAGGUUUUGUAAAUUUCUCUAUUGUCUCAGUUUACAUUUUGUACAUUUGUAUUUAAAUGAAAGUCGGACUUGGGGAUGUAUAUUUUCUGAGCAGCAGCUUGUAAAGCCAUCUGUUUUAAGAUUUUUUCGUUUUUAAAAAAACAAACCAAGAAAAACACAAAGUGAUCAAGACUUCCAGAGCCUCAAAAUGAGAUGUUUAUUUUUGUUUUUAUGUUGCCGAUGCAGAAAAUUAUUCACACGUUUCUUUUUUUCAUAUCAGUUUUAUUGAUACCAAUUUUUAUUCUUUUUUUCAUUGAUUGAGUUUACAGCAACACUGCAGAUAAAGUGUCUUCCCUCUUUUUUCUUAAAGCCUUGCAUUUAAUGCAAACUCAAACAUACAGUCAAGAUUCACCAUCUCUAAGGAAGCUAACACACUAUAUCUGAGGUACAUGGGACCAGUGUUGUUGCUAUUUGCACUUUUUGUACUUAGGUUACCCCUUUUGUGUUUGUUGUUGAAAAGCCAGCCCUGUUUAAAAUCCCUCCUCUUCUUUUUCGCUCCCUAAGACGAUUUUCCAGACUUUGAUAUUAUUCCUAGAAAGAGACGAACAAAUGUGCAUGAUCACAAACACAGGUAGAUACCUGGUCUCCAGGUGAGAAGUUCACCCUUUGCUGCUCCUCCCAAGAAGAUACCAAGGGGUUAUCUUGAUGGAUUUGCCUCUCCAAUAUUGUUUUCACCAGUAAAUGAGUUUGUACAGGUUUCUGGGGAGCGAGAGGUGUUGGAUAUGUCUUGGAUGUGUACUCAUGUGCAUUUUACUCUUGAGUUCCCAUUGCACUGAUUUACAACUCAUCCUGAUUCUCACCCUUGUACACUUCAUCCCAUGGGCACAAACAGAAUUAACAUGCCAAUAGCCAAUCCUCAACAUUUCUUCCCUUAUAGAUGCAACUCCUUGUGUCGUGGUUCUUUUCUGGCUUACAAACUCACAAAUUGGCAGAAAUGAAGAGGAUUUAAAACCAUGUGGCUCAGUUCUUAACAGCUGUCUCUUUAUAUAACAGUAAUUCUAUUCUCUCUCAUCUCCUUUCCCCCUCAAAACAUCAGAGGCAAAAUGUUGCUAUAUUUUGUACCCAUGCCAAAUAAUGGGGUAGAAAGGGUGUGUACUAUGGAUUUUUGUGACUUUGGGCCACUUUAUUUAGGUCUUUUGGGUUCAUGAUGUGUAAAUUAAUCAUAUAGAUCUCUUUUUUUACCCUGAUUGGAUGAUUAAGCCUUUUACAUUGGGUAUAAUGAGGAAUGAAUAACAAUAGUUGCUUGUGUACAAAUGUUCAUAUAUAAUACUUUAAAGGUUUUUUUCCCAGAAGGGCAUUAGAGAGAAAUGCUCAUUUUUUACUGUGAUCGUAUGGAUAAAAAGUUCAUUUGUGCAAAUUUUGAAAGAUCUUCAUCUCCACAAGCAGAAAGAAAUUAAACAUGAAAAUAAACAUGAAUUGUGGUAAACAAUUUGUACCAUAUCUACUCUUCCACAUUGGCUUAUAUGCAGUUGCUGUAAUAAAUCUCAUUGAACUAAAUGGCAAGUGAAGACUUAUAUCCCACUGAUUCAGGGGUAUAGCUUAGUUAUACUAUUGGCCUGAGGAUAUUUUAAAAAUUAUUUUAGCCAUAACAGCAGAGUUAGGGCACAUCUUUGUAACCAGAAUGAGGGUACAAUAUUUCAUAAACCACAUAAUGUUCUGAACCUGCAACAUACAGUAGAGUCUCGCUCAUCCAACCUUCACUCAUCCAACACUCCAUAUAAUGCCCCUAACCCCCCCCCCCAAAAAAGCACACAUAAAUCGACAAUGAGAAAAGUCCGCUACCCCACCUGCACCCACUGCUCCCGGCGGCAAGGCACCAAGGCUCAAAAACCAAGUGCCACCUGACAGAUGCCAGGCUCCUGGUUCUGCUGCCGCUGCCACUGCCGCCUUUAUCACUGGGACCUAGCCCAGUGAGUGAGCGAGCGAAAGAGGGAGAGAGCGGAGUAGGGAGUUGAGGCCUGGAGGAGGCAGGAAAAGGAGGCCCCAGAAGGAAGGGGGAACGCUGGGCUCUGUUCUCUCCCUCCCAAAUAGCAACAGACAGCAAACCCCAUUGUGCACCAAGCAAUUGUCAAUUUGUUGUAAAACAUGGUGUUUUGGUGCUUAAUUUAUAAAAUCAUAAUUUGACAUUUAAUAGGCUUUUCCUUGAUACCUCCUUAUUAUCCAAUUUUUUCACUUAUCCAACGUUCUGCCGGCCCAUUUAGGUUGGAUAAGCAAGACUCUACUGUAUAUGUUUCCACUUUUGGUAGGGCUUCUUCUCCUGUUAUGUUUGUAAGAUUAGCUGUAGCUGUGUGUAAAUGAAGAUUUGUAAUAUCUAGUAAUUUGGGGUCCUAAUAUGCUUUCUCCUCUUACAUGGUAACACAGAAGUCUGAGCUAUUUAAGACUUCUGCCCUUCUUUAGAGUUUACGCUAUGAUAUAUUUAAAAAGAGGUAGGGCAGAUAUUAGAAAUCUAUAAGUUGAAUUCUUCCCCUUACAUAGAAUAACCUCUUCCAUUUCCCAUCUCUUUGUAUUUCAAGGAAAGUCAAGUUGACAUCCUCCAGUAUGGACAUUUUUUUUUAAUCGUGCCAGAAGCUAAUUGAGAACAUAUUGCAAGUCGCUUCUGGUGUGAAGGAAUCGGCCAUCUACAAAGAUGUUGCCCACGGGACACCCAGAUGUGUUACCAUCCUGCUGGGAGGCUUCUCUCAUGUCCCCACAUGGGAAGCUAGGGCUGACAGACGGGAGCUCACUUGGUCUCGUGGAUUCAAACUGCCAACCUUCAGGUCAACAGUUCAGCCGGCACAAGGGUUUAACCCAGUGCACCAGAUGGUCAGAUAUUAGACAUGAAAUCGAGGGAGCACCAGCUUGGCUACUCUUGAAAUACUGUAUUUCUCUUUAGUAGGAGCCAAUGUUUAAAGAAACACACCAUCUAAUGAGAUCAGGAAAUGAGAUUACAUAUGAAAGGAUAAGAAUGCAACAGAGAUAAGCCACUUACAUUGGCAGCAAUGUGUUAUUCACAGUGGCUACGAUAAUUCUUCUCCAGGAACUGAGCUAAGAUGCAUUUGAUUCUUUGUCCAUAAUUUCACUUGCAAUCAGAAACAUAUUGUAGCUCAGAUAUUCUGAUAUGGCUUAAGUCAUCCAUGCUUCUUUUUGUCUUUGCAGAUUUUAUAUAAGCAUGCAUGUUACACAGCUUUGCAUAUUUUAGAGCCUGAUUGGUUUCUCUUCUUUUCUUCCUGACAAUUGCAUAUUGCUAUGCCAGCUUGGCUACUGACUUUGCUCUCUUAUAUGGCCCUGCACUGGAAUAAAAUGACAAUGUCAACAUCUUACUUUUCAUAUAUAUCCCCCAAAGCAUGUUUAUCAUAUUUGCAAAAGAUCUCCAAAAACGACUUGUAAAAACUAAAUGUUAUUUCUUUAUCAUCUCCAAAUUCCUUUGGUAGGACCAGAUUGUAUGCAUUAUGAGAUUAAGUGUCAGUGUAGGCACUUAUGCUUUGCCAAAACAGAAAAGGCAUCAAUAACAAAAGAGAGCAUAGAUUUGCAUAAUAUUUAUAUGUAUUUUGCAAAUUUAAAUAGAACGCAAUACAUAUUUGUGGGCAGACCUGUGACUGGAGAGCUGUGUGCCUACUCAGUCUGAUAUGCAGGUGUUUUUCAGUUGAUGGGCACAAUGUCUCUUCUUAUGUAUCUUCAAACUGGACUUAAACUGGUCAGCCUCUCGCAUGGAGGACACUUCCAGAGGACUAUCUUCUAUAACAGGGCUAAUGUAUUGGUUGAUACAAAGGAGUGCAUGUUGUUUGUAAAUACUGAGCUUUUUUCAUGUCAGGAGCGACUUGAGAAACUGCAAGUCACUUCUGGAGUGAGAGAAUUGGCAUCUGCAAGGACAUUGCCCAGGGGAUGCCCAGAUGUUUUGAUGUUUUUACUAUCCUUGUGAGAGGCUUCUCUCGUGUCCCCGCAUGGAGCUAGAGCUAAUAGAGGGAGCUCAUCCACACUCUCCCCAAGUUAGAUUCGAACUGGCAACCUUCAGGUCAGCAAUCCAACCUUCAAGUCAUCAGUCCUGCCGGUACAAGGAUUUAACCGUAAAAACCUCAAAACAUCCGGGCGUCCCCUGGGCAACGUCCUUGCAGACGACCAAUUCUCUCACACCAAAAGUGGUUUGCAGUUUCUCAAAUUGCUCCUGACACAGAAAAAAAACAAAAAACGGGGGCUCCUAAUACUGAGCUGAGAAGUAGGAGAAGUUUAAGUUUGGAUGAUACAUCUGCUUUUACAAUACUGCCAAGUGAACACAAGGUUUUUAUCAAUUGAAGAAGCCAUUUCUUCUUCUGCUUGUUUGGCCCAAAAUAUAAACAAUAUUUCAACCUCUUAUUUUAUCUUGCAUCCCCACCUAAAUACCCAGAAGGGACCAGAUCCUGUCUGAUCUCUGAAAUUAAGAUAGAUCAGGUUGGGAUACUAUGCAAGGCCACCAAGGAAUACACAGAAGGCAGCAAUGGCAAACCACCAUUGAGUAUACCUUGGUUGCUUCAUCACACCAGAGAAAAAAUCCACUUAAAAUCUGGUUUCUGUCUCCUGCAGAAUUCUGGGGUUUGUAGUUGAUUGAGGCGGUUAAAGGCUCCUCCCUAAACUACAAAAUCCAGAAUUCUGCAGGAGGCAGAAACCAGAUUUUAAGUGAAUUUUUUUUCUCUUGUGUGAUGAGACCUACUUGUCUAAGAAAACCCUAUGAAAUUCAUAGAGUCACCAUCGGUUUGACAGACUACAUGAAGGCAUACACACACACAUAUCUUUGCCUUUCCUUCGUUCUUCCUUCUGAAUCCAUUUAGACUUUCUUUUCAUUCCUCCUCUUUCCAAAUUAUAUAAUGCAAUGAUAAACACAAAUCUGGCUGUUUAAAUCUGAGCUUUAAAAAAACAAGGCUGUGUUAAGUAAAUGAACUUCUAUAGUUGAACUUCUGUAAUAAACUAGGAUACUUCUAUAGUUGCCUUAUAGAGUUUUAACUUGCGAAUCCAGACUUCAAGAAAAUCCAGGAAGUUUGUAUUAUUCUUUUACUGCCCCACUAAUUGUUCUCCAAUAAUUUUGGUAGUUUUUUAAAGUAAUAACAUAGAUAUGCUACAGCAGUGGUUCCCAACCUUUGGGCCUCCAGAUGUUUUGGACUUCAGCUCCCACAGUUCCUAACAGCUGGUAAGCUGGCUGGAAUUUCUGGGAGUUGAAGUCCAAAACACCUGGAGGCCCAAAGGUUGGGAACUACUGUGCUACAGCAAUAAACAAUUUAGCGCAAUUCUGUGGAACGUUCUGCACUGUAAGACCAUUAAACUGGAACCCUUGUAUACUGUUAUUCAAAAACUCCUCUUUUGCAAAUGUUUAUGUAAUUCAGAUAUAUUAUUUGCACCUCACUGGUUCAUUAGACUCUUGAGUUUUCCUUGUUUUUAAUCAGAUCCAUUUCUCUGUGAUCAAUCAUUUUGGAUCAACAUAAUGAUAAAACUCAUUGAAGCACUGUGCUGUCAUUUGGAAAGUUAGCAUUUCAGUCUUUAUUAUUGGGUUGAGGUUCUUAGAUAUAUUGAGGCAGAUAACUACAGUACCAGCAAAUCUUUACACAUAUGCACACUGAAAGUCACACCUUGUGAAUGACAACUACAUUGAAGUCCCGAUGGUCCAAUUUUGCCUGAUCAUUGUGGGGGAGCUGAAACUUGCAGGAGGUUGAGUGUCCUUGUCUUCAGCCCCUCAGUUCUGGUGUCCAUGAGUGCUCUAGAAUUUUAGGUACAGUAGAGUCUCGCUUAUCCAACGUAAACUGGCCGGCAGAACAUUGGAUAAGUGAAUAUGUUGGAUAAUAAGGAGAGAUUAAGGAAAAGCCUAUUAAACAUCAAGUUAGGUUAUGAUUUUACAAAUUAAGAACCAAAACAUCAUGUUAUACAACAAAUUUGUCAGAAAAAGUAGUUCAAUACGCAGUAAUGCUAUGUAAUAAUUGCUGUAUUUACGAAUUUAGCACCAAAAUAUCAUGAUGUUUUGAAAACAUUGACUUCAAAAAUGCGUUAGAUAAUCCAGAACGUUGGAUAAGUGAGACUCUACUGUAUAUGUUUGUUUUUUUUUACAAUCAGAUGCUGUCUGACUUUUUAACAGGAGAAGCUUGGUACUAAACUUGGGACUUUCUACACAUUAUAAUUUUUCUAUUAUAGAAUCAUAGAGCUGGAAGAGACCUCAUAGGCCAUCCAGUCCAACCCCCUGCCAAGAAGCAGGAAAAUCAUAUUCAAAACACCCCUGACAGAUGGCCAUCCAGCCUCUGUUUAAAAGCCUCCAAAGAAGGAGCCUCCACCACACUCCGAGGCAGAGAGUUCCACUCCUGAACAGUUUUCACAGUGAGGAAGUUCUUCCUAAUGUUCAGGUGGAAUUUCCUUUUCUGUAGUUCGAAGCCGUUGUUCCACGUCCUAGUCUCUAGAGCAGCAGAAAAUAAGUUUGCUCCCUCCUCCAUAUGACUUCCCCUCACAUAUUUAUACAUGGCUAUGCCCUGCUCCUUCCAAUUUAACUGAGGAGGGGGGAGGAUGCUGAAAUUAUUGCCCUUCCUUUAGAGCAGGGUGGGAGUUGUGUGAUCCUUCAGACGUGGCUGGAGAGCAAUCCCAGGAGCUCCAACCAGCGUAGCCAAUGAUGAAUAAUGCUGGGAGUUGCAAUCUAGGAACUGGAGGACCAUUCAAUUCCCAUCCCUGCUAUAGACUUACCUUUCAGCCUUGGUGUGUGUCUUGAGUCAAGUGCCAACUUCAGAAAAGGAUUUCAAAAAUAUAAUCACAGGCCAUCUAACCCUUUGCAAAUUAGACUGUGAUUUUAGUUGAGCAGGAGUGAUGUGUCUGCAUCCCUGGGUGUUUGAUAGCUCUUUUUACACAUUCACACACACACAACCAGAUGGAAGUGAGUUGACAACAGAUUCUACAUGUAAUUGAUUUUACUAUGUUGAUCAACACGUUCCAAGUUAGAUCACAUAGAUUUUAAACCAGGAUAACACUCCACCAGUGGAUGUUCCAAGAAUAUUCCUUUAUGCCUAUGAAGGCAUGUGCCAUAUUUCAGUAUGAGCUUGGAAAUAAUUAAUUUAAAAUUACAUUGUUUAAUCCCUAAGUCAUUACACAUCUCAUUAACAAUUUAAAAAAAUUGUUUAAUUUCAAUUGUUAUUUGCCAAUUAUAUUAUUAUUUUCAGUUACAACAGUCAUCCAUUCCUCGCAGUUUGUAAUCAUUUAUGUUUUUUAAAAAUUCAAUUGUAAUGAUUUAAUGACUUGGUUAAUGGAUUAAUUCCAUAACAUGUUCUCAACCGUUUAAUGACAAUGAAUCAAUAUUCUUCAAUAAUCUAACACUGAUUUUUUUGUGUGAAUAGUAAUGUUUCCAGCUCUGCAAAGAACAUUUUUAAGAACACUCCAAAUGUGAUGCUAAAGAAUAUUUCUCUCUUCUCUCUCUCUCUCUCUCUCUCUCUCUCUCUCUCUCUCUCUCUCUCUCUCUCUCUCUCUCUCUCUCUCUCUCUCUCUCUUUAUAUAUAUAUAUAUAUACAUAUGUAUAUUGGUAGAAAGCUAAUAUAGUAAAGAUUUUUAAUUUCUAUUUGUGCCACAACUCACCAUGUUUAUACAUUAAUGAAACUGUUUUUACCUCUCCAAAGAGGCAAUGGAUGUAAGUUCACAGUUGCAUUUCUGAGCAAUGAACACUUUCAUCAAUUCAUGAUGUACUUGACCAUGGUAGUCUACCAAUUAAAUUACUAGACAGAGAGCCAUGUCAGGACUAGGCUUACCACUGACUUUCAUUUGGAAAAAAGAUCAUCCAUGUUGAACACACGGCUACAUCAUGGAUCCAGUAAAACCAUAUUCAAGAAUCAAUAUUUUAAAGCACUUCUCAUACUGUAGUCUCUGUAAAAGAAGCAGACACUUCUAACGUAAUAAAGCUUUUCAUAACUUAAUCAACAAAUUAUACAUUUAUAAUAAAUGGAACCAAAUGUUCUCAAGUAGAAAAAAUAGUGGCUGUUGGUAUUGUACUGAUAAUAAUAAACUUACAUGAUAAUAAUUCUAGUAUCCAAAGGAUUUUUCAUUUUGCUUUAAUUUUCAGGGAGGGUUUUUUUUUUUUACAUUGUUCAAUGAAAAUAGUUUUCAUUUUGAGGUUGUUACUGACAAUAAUGGCUUCUGUGUUUUCUGGCUGCUUGUAUACGUCUGAUAAUAUUGCAGUGCUGCUGUAUCUAGAUCAAACCACUGUUUUGUUUUCCAGUUUUGUUUUGGAAAGGGUUUUUUUUUUUAGAAAAAUAAAUUCCUUUAUUUAAGUAUA